AGAGCAGCACGGCACAGAGCAGCGCUCGCAUCACAAGGUCACCCCAUCUCCCCGCUGCUCCUCCGCACCGCCGGCAGCGGGUCGCGGGCUGCGCACGGGGCUGGGGAGGGAGCGGCGGGGAGGGGGGGGACGAGAUCUGGAUUUGUUUCCCCCUUCCCUUAAGAGAAGCCACGAUGGAAAGCAGGAAGGAGAUGGUGAUGUUUCUGGAAGGGACGCAACUCGGCGCUCUGGUUGGCAAGAGGGUGCCUAAUUUGACCGAAACGGUGAGGAGCCCCGCUCCGGAGCCGCAGGAGAAGAUGAUCCCUCGGAACUGCCUCAGCCCCAGACCUGGCCCCUUGUCGUCCCGGGAGAGAGGAGGAGGAGGAGGAGGUGGCGGAGGAGAAGACGAAGAGGAGGUGGAGGUGCUGCCGGGGACAGGGACGGUGCCGGAGAGCCGCUCGGCGGCGGCGGCGCUGCUCGGGGCCGGACAGCAGCCCCCCGGCACGGAGCCCCCCUCCAGCAAAGGGCAGCAGAGCAGCUCGGACACCGAGUCGGAUUUCUAUGAGGAAAUCGAGGUGAGCUGCACCCCGGACUGCGCCACGGGGAGCGCCGAGUACCAGCACAGCAAAGGGCCGUGCCCCGAGGCUCGAGCCGGCAGCCCCGGCGGCGGCGGGGAUCACCCCAAGGGCGGCGGCGGCGGCGGCGGCGGCGGCGGCUCCCAGGGCCCGCUGAGCUGCAGCGCCAGCGAUCAGAUGCGCCGGUACCGCACCGCCUUCACCCGCGAGCAGAUCGCCCGGUUGGAGAAGGAGUUUUACCGGGAGAACUACGUGUCCAGGCCCCGGAGAUGUGAACUGGCUGCUGCUCUAAAUCUGCCAGAAACCACCAUCAAGGUGUGGUUCCAGAACCGGCGGAUGAAGGACAAGCGGCAGCGCCUGGCCAUGACCUGGCCGCACCCGGCGGACCCGGCGUUCUACACCUACAUGAUGAGCCACGCGGCCGCCACCGGCAACCUUCCCUACCCCUUCCCAUCCCACCUGCCCCUGCCCUACUACUCCCACAUGGGCAUCGGGGCCACCUCGGCCUCGGCCGCCGCUCCCUUCAGCACCCCGCUGCGGCCGCUGGACACCUUCCGCGUCCUGUCCCACCCGUACCCGCGGCCGGAGCUGCUCUGCGCCUUCAGGCACCCCUCUCUGUACCCCGCCCCGAGCCACGGACUCGGCAGCGCCGGUGGCAGCCCCUGCUCGUGCCUGGCGUGCCACGGCAGCCCGUCCAACGGGCUGGCACAGAGAUCCGCCGGGUCAGACUUUACCUGCUCGGCCACCACCAGGACGGACUCCUUCCUCACUUUCACCCCCUCGGUGCUGAGCAAAGCCACCUCGGUUUCCAUUGACCAGCGGGAAGAAGUACCUUUAACGAGAUAAAGCUUCGUCUCAGGGUUGUUAAGAAAUUCGCCCCUUUCUCGGGAGCUCUUUGAGUUAAUGUACGUACGGCCGAUGUUUAUUUAAUCGUGUUCUCUCCCCAGAAGUGGACACCUAUGGAAAAAAAAAAUAAUAAAAAAAAAAGAGAAAAAAAGGAAAAAAAGACUAAAAAUAACUCAGUCUUGAAAGGAUUUACAUUCCAAGGGGGGGAAAAAAAAGAGCAGGAACGAGCGGUGAUUUAUCUCGGAGAAGGGUUUUAGGCACGGAGGAGAAACAAAAUCUACCUGAAUGAAACACAUUUCAGUAACGCACUGAGGUGAGCGGGGACUUUCUUGUCAAUUGACGGACUUCCUACCGGGGCCAGAACUUCUGCGGCUUACAGCAACCGACCCUAUGCACACACCUAUGGGACUGAGAGGGCAAAUCUGAAAUACUUGAAAGAAACGUUAUCACGCUAACGAAACGGCUGGUGAGCAUGAAGAAAGCAAAGCUGCGAUCUACCGGGGCGUUCAGAAAAUAUAACCAACGAUCAAACAGCAAAACCAAAAGGUUUCGGGAUUGCGACUCGAUAGUAUUAUCCAGUAAUUUCUAG